GCCACUCCAAGUACGCCAUUAUUCAGCUGAGGAUACGUCGUAGACGUGAUUUGACAGUCCUCGCAAUACCGCUGACUCCAAAGUCCGUCCACUGAAGGCAGUAGCGUUAUUUCUAAGCGAUUACAUGGUGCCGACAGGGAGUCGUCCAAGUGAAUUAAUACUAGACAGUUCUACAUUAGUAGGGUGAUUGCCGUUGUCAUCAUGCUCGGGACGUGGACUCUCCGACAUUUAAGACGGAAAAUAUGCCUGAACGUGGUACUUGUCACCGUAUCUUUAUUUUUUAUCAUCGUUCUAUUUUCAAGUCCCGAUGUGAAAUCACAGAGCGACUCUGCACAAGUUGAGCGCAUGGUAGAACAAGUCCGAGUGACCUCGGCGGUACAACCCGAUAUUAACUUGCCAUGGGAGACGAGGAGUCGGCAUCUUGAGGCGUCUUGUAAGAAUACAAAACUUUACAAAAGUAAUAUAUCUUCUCUAACGCGGGAUGAAAAAUAUACUCUGUACAAACAGAUUAUCGUCAACGAUAAAUACAAAUUUCUUUAUUGUUUUGUGCCGAAAGUGGCUUGUUCUAACUGGAAACGUGUAAUUAAGGUAUUAGAUGGUUAUAUUGAAAACAUCCAUAAGCCAAUUAAAAUGGACCAUCGCAAGGGACUGACUUUGUUGAGCGAUCUUCCAGAGGCGGAAGCAGACUACAAAUUAAAACACUAUUACAAGUUUAUGUUUUCUCGCCAGCCGCUAACACGAAUGCUGUCCGCCUACAGGAACAAGUUCACAGAGAAUAUACCAGAGUUUCGUGAGAAGAUUGGGCAUGCAAUCUUGCUGAAAUAUCGACACAUUGUUGACGUCAACGACAUUGCCAACAUGACAGUGACGUUCAGUGAAUUUGUGCAAUACGUCAUUGAUAGCAGCGUCAGUAAAAUGGACAUUCACUGGAAGCCAAUGCACGAUCUUUGUCAGCCGUGUUCAGUACGUUAUGAUUUCAUCGGCACACUGGAAAACAUUGAAUCGGACACAGAACACGUGUUAAAUGCUGUGGGCGCCGAUAAUGAAGUGGAAUUCCCCAAAAGACAAAAAUGGUAUAAACCCACGACGCCAGAUAUCUUACAAAGGGAAUUUGCCACUAUCCCCGCGCAACACAUUGAGAACUUAGUGAAAAAGUACGAGACGGAUUUUGAUUUGUUUUCAUAUCACGUACCUGACUGGCUAUAGAAUAAAAUGUUUACAAUAUGUCACGGGUACUAAUAGGUUUUAUCAAUCGGGGAUUGUCUUUUUUUUUCAUUGUUAAACUGUUCUAAGACUAGGGUAUGUUGGAAUUAUGAUGCUUUCCAUAAUUGUGCUUUUUAAAAAAAACAUUGUCAAUAUUAAAUGCAUUUCUGUUU